UAUACUCGCUCGAUUCAUAAUUCUUCGUUCUUUCUUUUUCUUCCACAGAAACUGCUUUGAUAUUUGAAAGCUUUAAGUAACCAAAUUUUGUUUGCAAUCUCAGUGAGGUGAAAAAAAACUCGUUUACAAGAUAAACGAGAAGUAGAUAGAGAGAGACAAGUUUACUUACUUGGCCAUUAGCUAAGCUUUAAUGGCUAACUCCAUAGUUGGGUUUUGACUAGCAGAGCAAUUUUCUCUUUCGUGAAUUGUGGUGUUGAAAGGAAAUCUCUUUUACAGAUCUCAACUUGUUUUGCCUCUGCCAUCAAAUCAGGUAAUCUCGGUUAUCCGGAAUUCAGAAUUGGAAAGCAUAUUCGGUGAUCUGGGUUUUGCUCGUUCCACGAUCUGGGUCUCUAGGUUCUCUGCUCGAGUAGGUUUCAGUCUAAAGAAUAGCAACAGUGUUGGUAAAGUUUGGUGCUUUUUGAGGUUACUGUCAUCAUCAACUCUCUGGGGAUUUUCGGUGAAAAAUGUUAGACUUUGGUCUUUUGAUUUAGAUGGCAACACCGGCACAGCCUCCUACGGUGGAGGUGUCACCGUCUCCACCAAUUGAACCUUCGCCUCCCGGUGAUAAUGCCACUUCUCCAACGAGAGAACCCAUUGAUGGUAAUUCACCGGAGAUCCCAAACCCUCCACCUCAAUCUUCUUCUUCUCCCCCUCCUCCGGCGACUCCUUUAUCAUCACCACCACCACAACCUUCUCCCACACCACCUCCACCGAUCGGAGCUCCUCCUCCUAUUCCUACUCCUACAUUACCCGACCCACCACCACCUGUGAGCUCUCCCCCUCCUCCUCCAAAACUUGAUCCCCCCGCCGUUUCACCACCUUCAAGACCAUCAGUUCAGCCACCGGAAAGCUCUCCUCCACCACCUGCAUUAGACCCACCAAAAUAUCCACCUCCACCACCUACAUUAGACCCACCAUUACAUUCUUCACCUCCACAUCCGCCAUCAUUUCCUCCUCCACGUCCUUCCCCUUCCCCACCAGCCUCAGAACUUCCUCCUUCUCGUUCACCUCCUCCUCCACGAGAUACACUACGUCCUGCUCGUUCACCUCCUCCUCCGCGAGACCCAGUACGUCCUGCUCGUUCACCUCCUCCUCCACGAGAUUCAGAAAGUCUUCCUCCUCCUCCACAAGUUUCAAAAAGUCCUGAAACACCUCCUCCUCCGGAUUCUAAACGUCCUGAGAAACCUCCUCCUCCGGAUUCUAAACGUCCUGCUCACUCACCUCCUCCUCCUCCACGGGAUACAGAACUUAAUGAGAAAUCUCCUCCUCCCAAGCCAAAUCCAGCUCCCUUACCUUCUAAUUCUUCUUCAUCGCCCUCACCACCCUUAGUUCCAUCACCGCCUUCUCCUCCUAAAAAAUCUCUACCUGGCUUAGAUAAUCCAUCUCAAAACAACCCUCAACCUACUGUGAGAGAUAUUUCCAGCCAUUCGGGUAUUGGUACAGCGGCUGUCGUGGGAGUAAGUAUAGGAGUGGUCCUUGUGCUGCUUACUCUUAUUGGAGCUCUUGUUUGGUGCCUGAAUAGACGAAAAAAGAAGCUUUCUGCCAUUCGAGGUGGCUAUGUUAUGCCGUCUCCUUUGGAUUCCUCCCCAAGAUCAGAUUCAGGGCUUUUGAAGACACACUCGUCCGCGCCUCUAGUGGGAAACCGUUCUAGCAACCGAACAUUUUUUUCACAAUCAGAACCUGGUGGCUUUGGUCAGUCGAAGGAACUGUUCUCAUACGAAGAACUUGACAAAGCAACAAAUGGAUUCUCGGAUGAAAAUCUGUUGGGCGAAGGCGGGUUUGGUCGUGUAUAUAAAGGGGUUUUACCAGAUGGAAGAGUGGUCGCUGUGAAACAGUUAAAAAUAGGUGGAGGACAAGGUGAUCGAGAGUUCAAAGCCGAGGUUGAGACCAUAAGCAGAGUACAUCACCGCCAUUUGCUUUCUCUUGUUGGAUACUGCAUUUCCGAGAGCCGGAGAUUGCUCAUUUAUGAUUAUGUCCCUAACAAUAACCUUUACUUCCACCUUCAUGCUGCGGGAACUCCGGGUCUGGACUGGCCAACGCGUGUCAAAAUCGCUGCUGGUGCGGCUCGUGGACUAGCUUAUCUCCAUGAAGAUUGUCAUCCUCGUAUCAUACACAGGGACAUCAAAUCAUCCAACAUUCUUUUAGAGAAUAACUUUCACGCUCUGGUUUCUGACUUUGGCCUUGCAAAGCUAGCUCUCGAUUGUAACACACAUAUUACAACUCGGGUUAUGGGAACAUUCGGCUACAUGGCUCCUGAAUAUGCAUCAAGCGGCAAAUUAACCGAAAAAUCAGAUGUGUUCUCCUUCGGGGUUGUUCUACUUGAGUUAGUCACUGGACGUAAGCCCGUGGAUACAUCACAACCUCUGGGAGACGAGAGCCUUGUUGAAUGGGCACGUCCUUUGCUUAGUCAUGCCAUAGAAACCGAAGAGUUUAAAGCAUUAGCAGAUCCCAAGCUUGGAGGAAACUAUGUUGGCGCUGAAAUGUUUAGAAUGAUUGAAGCAGCGGCAGCUUGUAUUCGCCAUUCAGCUGCAAAGAGACCUCGAAUGAGUCAGAUUGUGAGAGCUUUCGACAGUCUAGCUGAGGAAGACCUCACAAACGGGAUGAGAUUAGGCGAAAGCGAGAUCAUCAACUCAGCUGAGCAGUCUGCAGAAAUCAGAUUGUUUAGAAGAAUGGCUUUUGGCAGCCAAAAUUACAGUACAGAUUUUUUCACUCAUAAUAUUCACAACAGCAGGGACGAAAACGUGUAAAUAUUCAGAAACAAAACUCAUAAAAGAGUUAUUUUUUUUUUUU